UUUCAAUAAUCAGUCUUGCGAAAAACUUGCCAGUGUUAUUAAGUCUAAAAUAUUUAGGUAAAAAAAUGUAUCGUUUAAGUUCAGAUGGUUACUUCGAAAAUAGUAUAGACGAAGAAUAUGUAGUGCGAAAACGUAGAGGCAAGAAAAAAGGCAAAGGUAACAUGAAUUUAAAAACAAAUCAAGCUCCCACAACUGAAGAUAGCGACGCUAAUAUGGAGGAACUUGAAAAUGAUGAUGAAAAAUCUAUAAACGAUGUACAACCAAUUAAAAUAGUCAAUAACAAUUUCGAUUAUCAAAAUGCAGACGAAGAUAUGUCAGAUUGUUUAUCAAGAGUUUCGGUAGAUGGCGUUAUGAAAGCUCCACCACAAAUACAAAUCAUAGAACCUGAGCCUUACGACAAAAACAAAGUAUAUUCCCCAAGUAUAAGUCAAGAAGAGCCUGAAAUAAUACAAUACAAUAUAAGAGCAUUAUCCAAACAUGCUGUUACGUACGAAUUGGAGAAAUUCGAAAAGAAUUGUCUAAUAAUAUUCAAUCAAGAGAAUGUAGAUGGUUUCAAACCGAGACAUGGGACGGAGAAAGACGUACAGGCUCUCAAAUCUACAUUUAGCAACUAUGGUUUCGAAGUGAAGGAACACAAGGAUUUCACAAAGGACGAAGUAUUUAGGGAACUAAUGACAUUCAGUGAGAGGGAUUUCACGGAUUACGGCUGUGUGGCUGUGGCGGUACUCACACACGGUUCUCACCACGGCCUACUACGGGCUAAAGAUCUACCCUACAGCGAGAUUGAGAUUAUCAACCAUUUCAAAGUGUAUAAUAAACCUACUCUCGUCACUAAACCGAAGAUUUUAAUUAUACAGGCAUGUCGGGGUAAGAAUGAAAUGCAAGGAGUCCCGGUCUUACAAAUGAGCAAAAUCAGAAAAGAUUUCGACGAAUCCCUGGAGCCCUAUACACUGCCAGCGGAGUCCGAUAUGUUGAUAUUACAUAGUUCUUAUAUCGGACAUCCAUCACACAGAGACGAAUUAUACGGUUCAUGGUUCAUCCAAGCAUUGUGUCACAAAAUCAACCAAUUAUCAUCAACACACGACUUCGAAUCAAUCGUGACAGAAGUUAAAAGAGAAGUUGCCGUCGAGAAGUACCACGAAGAAUACAACAGAAGAACAUUCGAGAUGGAUGUGAAUAAACAAAUGCCGGUCACCACAUCCACGUUGAUAAGGAAACUGCAUUUAAAGAAAUAUGGCGAAGAUUCCCCGAAUUUAACUCCUGCGUACAACAGAACUGGUGUUUCAAGUACCGAAGUUUUGGAUAAUAGCAGUCCAAGUACACCAUUAUUGGUCCAUUUCGGACCAUGUUCUUGUUUCUUGGACCAUUAUGCGUACGUCAGAAGAUGCUUAAGUUACUAUGUCGAAGAGAACCCACACGAUAAAACUGCAAAGUCAUAUUUAGAGAUAUCACAAGAAUUUGAGGAUAGCACUGAAUUUAAUACAGUAAAGAGAAAAAUGGCCAAAGCAAUAAGUGACCAUUUAAAUACAUGCGCGAAAGAUGCUUAUUAUUUUAAAUAUUUAUAUUUUUAUAAACAUGGAAAUGACUGAAUAAAUAUAAUAAAAU